AUGGGUAGGGUGUAUCAAAAUAUAUUCAGUGGUUGGUGUUUGUGCACUAACUCUUCUCAUCAUCCUGGUGGAAGAGUUAUUGUGGCUUGGAAAGAUGAUUCUUUCAAGUUGGAUAUAUGUUAUAUAUCUUCUCAAAUGAUUCAUUGCAAAGUACAGGCAAUUAGUAAUACAAAGGAGUUUUAUUGUACUUUUGUCUAUGCUUUUAACUCAGCAGAAUUGAGGGAGGAGCUAUGGAAAGAUUUGGAGAUGAUUGCAGGGAACAUGAAGGAGGCUUGGGUGGUGUUAGGAGAUUUCAAUUGUGUUUUAGAAAGGGAGGAGAAAAUAGGGGGUCCUGUUAGAGAUCAUGAUAUGAUCCCUUUUAGAAGAUGUGUCACAAAUUGUGAGCUGGAGGAUAUGAAGUAUUCAGGAUGCUAUUAUACAUGGAAUAAUAAGCAAACUGAUGGCAGCAGAGUGUUUUGCAAAUUGGAUAGAGUGCUUUGUAAUGUGAGAUGGUGUGAAGAAUUUCCUACAGCAGAGACUAGAUUCCUGCCUGAAGGCCUCUUUGAUCAUUCUCCUAUGCUGUUGCAGACUCACCAAGUGCAAAGAAAGGGUGCAAGUCCUUUUAGAUUUUAUAAAAUGUGGUGUGAAGCUCCUGAUUUCCUGAGAAGAGUUAGAGAAGCUUGGAGCAGUACAGUGAAUGGAACUCCUAUGUUGUGUGUGAUGCAAAGAUUAAAAAGAGUUAAAGCUGAGAUGCAAGAGUUGAAUAAAGUGGGAUUCAAAGACAUACAAAUUGCUGAUUGCAAAGCCUAUGAACACUUACUGGAGUGUCAGAAACAGUUUCAGCAAAGGCAAGAUGGUGAAUUUUGUGCAAAAGAAAAAGCGGCAGCAAGUGAGUAUAGGAAAGUUCAUGCUCAUUACAUAUCAUUCUUGCAACAAAAGUCAAUAUAUGACUGGAUUAAGAUGGGUGAUGAGAAUACUUCCUUAUUUCAUAGAGCAAUAAGGAAGAGAAGGACUCAAAAUGCAAUUUAUGGCAUACAUGAUAUUAAUGGUACCUGGGUGGAAGGAGAAAAGGUUGCUGAAGCCUUUAUUGAAUAUUACAAAGGCUUACUAGGAACAGCAAAAGAAGGUUCCAGUGUGAUUAGUGCAGAAAUAAUUGCUCAGGGGCCUUGUUUGAACUCAGAACAGCAAGCAGAGCUCAUGAGUGAAAUCACUGAUGAUGAGAUUCAGCAAACUCUUUUUUCAAUCCCAGCUGAUAAGUUGUAA